AUAGAGUCAAUGGCAUUAAGGAUGAAUUAUGCAACGAGAGGAAAACUCUUAAAGUUAAACCAUGAAAACAUUCUUCAGAUUCGUAGGAUUGUUUAUGAUUUUCUGACAACAAGAUUGACUUCAGAAUUCCUUGCUAAUUAUACCUCCACUGUGCUUGCUGAGGCAAAACAAGCUGGAAAACUGGAGCUUAUUUCCUAUUUUGAACAAACAGCAGAUGCACUGCAGUACCUCCAUAAAUCAAGUAUCAUACACUGUGAUAUGAAGUGCCAGUACAUCUUUGUUAACCAUACAACGAAAAAAGUGAAACUUGCACAUUUUGGCCGAUCAGUGUAUUUGGAAGAGUCACAGGCUGAUAGCGGACAAAAUCCACAUGUCGUUAAGCAAAUGGCAAAAGAAUCAUAUAAAUGCUUCCCAGACCCAGAGUUCUUCGGGGCAGUGGCACCACAGGUCAUCAUACCAGAGAAAUCAUUACUUGCUGGUUCAGAGGAUGACAAUAACCCAGCUUAUGUGCUCUGUCAGGUCAUAUCAGGCAUCCGUCCACCUCAUGAAAUGAAUCCACAUAGAGUCCCAUCACCCUCUCCCUGA